AUGCACGGCGUGCGGGGAAAAUGCCUGGCCCUCAGACUUGAAACGCAAACGCGAGCGGUCAAGCCCGCCUUACCGCAUCGGCUGUGCUGGACGGCGGGGCGCCUCUUGUCAAAGAAGAUCGACAUUGUCACAACGAGGAGCAGGAUACCAAUCCAGAUAUGUGUACGUUAUUGCCAUGUACACUGGCUGGCGGAGAUCAAAGUCAGCAGCCGGCCGACGCCAGGGAUCUGCCCAAGUAUUUACAAGACACAGCUCCCAGGCCCCCCUCAGUCAGUCAGUCUACUACUAUACACUACUAAUCGUGCACGACAUCUCUUCCCGUUCGAGGGCGGCAUGCAUCUGCAUCCGUGA